CGUCUUUUUCACUGGUUCAACGCGACACGCGCUAACCAAUCAUCGGCCGUUGCGACACAAGUCAGCGGGCAGGCAUGCAUGGGCCUCAGGCCGCGGGCGAGAAAGGAAACUAAAGGCGGAUUGGUUGCAGCUCACUUUCAUUCCCUUGCGUUUUAUUUCAUGCAGGCCUGCCGGUUCCUGCUCCCCCUUUCUUUUCUUCGUCAGAGUCUUGAAUCCGUCAGGUGGCUGAGGUAGUUGUUGCUUUGCUGCUCCUGUCCUCCGAACCCCAAAGCCCCAGUUUCGAAAAGACGCCAUUCCCCGCAUCCCUUCGUUGAGUGAAUAUGGCAGGAAGGGUAGCACGAUAGAUAGAAGACGAUAAGCGGGAUCGGAAUUCAAUCUGCAUUUUCUCUUUUCACAACCGGAAAUACUUUAGAAUUGACACCGUGGAUGCGAUGACAAGCAGUGAUGGCCGAGAUCUCGUGGCCGCCAAAGUCCCCUCGGGAUGCCCUCUUGAGUACUCCGAACGGUCGCAAGAGGUAUGAAGAACUGCAGCGACGUCGCGAACACCUGGGCUCGCCUUUAAAACACUCUGUCACUACUCCCGACUUACGAUCCAAGGCGUCACAGCUUCUUAGCGACGGGGUGGACGAGGGUGAAGAUGAUGAGGAUGAGGAAACACUACAGUUGAAGCUCGCGGCCAUUGAGGCGCGUCUUAAGCUCAAGCAACUUCAGAAAAGCCGCACGAAGACGGGGACACCUGGUCCAGAGAGGCACGACGGGGAGACUUUCUCUAGACCCGCGUCAGCCCUUGGGUCUUUCCAAGGACAUGAUGAGCCGUUAGGGACAAGAAGUCAUGGUCAUGUGACGGAUAGCAAUGCUCAUAUCGAUGAUGUCCAGGUGCCGCUGUCACCGACGAGGCGUGCUGCUCCUCCCACGGAUCCUGUGUCCCCGCGGAGGUAUUUGUUAGGCAUUGACAAAGGCCUCAGAAGUAGGGAUGUGUCGCUGAAGCGUCCGCCAAGUUCAAAGGGAGCUGCUCAGCCAGCAAGUAGACCUGGAACGCGAGAUGGUCUAGUCUCUCGUUCUGGCAGUCUUCUGCAAGCAAUAACCUUAGGUGGGGAGCGCAACCGUCCAAAGAGCUUCAGUGAACGUAUGGCUGAGAGCCGGUCGGCCGAUGCGUCGCGGAGAGAACGAGCAGCGCGAAUGGAGAGAAUUCAGGCAAAUCGAAGCUCUGCCUUCCAGAUCGAUAAAGCGGAAGUGGAGGCCUUCAAAGCAGCUGCCGAGUCAAGGAAGGACGUCCCAGCUUCGCCAACGAGGAGGCGACGGGCCGAAAGCUUUAGUCGAGAAGAUGUCCUCCGGUCAUAUAAUCUAAAGCCGUCGCUGAAAAGGGGCCGGAGCCAGACCACGUCUAGCGUACAGAGAUCUGAUGAUGGUGCGGCUGAUGCGAAGGAGUCACUGCCAUAUUUUCACCGACGGAACCACAAGUCUGAGUCCGAGGUGCCGGCCAGCUCUCAAAACAGUGCAACUGAUGAUUCUCAGGGCGAGAAAAGUGGUGACUCCUCAAAGUUUGAAGCAUUCUCUUCCUUGCACUUGUCCAACCGCAUCCUACCCCAUUCGUUCUUGUCUCGAACCCUGGAAGACAAGAAAGCUCUUAAGAUUCCUGAUCUCUUACGCACAGUGAAGGCGCCUGACUUUGAACUGCCAGAGGAAAUUGACACAGACUAUGUUGUAUUCGGUAUAGUAGCAUCGAAAUCAGAGCCCAGGCAAAUCAAGCAACCGGCCAACACUACUAAGAAGGAGGUUGAUCCAUUUGACGAUGGAACUAAUAACACCAACCAAUACAUGGUCAUUACUCUGACAGAUCUGAAAUGGACAAUUGAUCUCUUCCUUUUCGACACUGCCUUUCCACGAUACUACAGAAUCUCCGAAGGAAUACUCAUUGCCAUUCUGAACCCCACAAUCAUGCCACCGCCCAAGAACAAGACAGACACCAACAGGUUCAGUCUCGCCAUUUCCUCAUCUGAUGACAAGAUCCUAGAGGUCGGCUAUGCGCAAGACAUUGGAUUCUGUAAGGCCGUUAGGAAGGAUGGCAAGACCUGCCACUCAUGGGUUGAUGGCCGGAAGACCGAAUUCUGCGACUUUCAUGUCGACCUACAGGUCCGUCGAACACAAGCAGGUCGAAUGGGAGUAAAUGGCGGCACAGGCAUGUAUGGACCUGGUGGCCGCUCAGGGUCUCGAACCGGUUUCUACGGCGGAGACAAGAAAGUUCGCCCCCAGAAUGGACUGAAGCCAAAUGGCGCAAGAUACGACUAUCAAUCACAAUCGUCCUAUUACGUUGCACCGGCUCCAAAAUCCAGGGGCGGCGGACCCUCCUUCCACCCUCACCCGUCUGGCCAGUCUGCCGCAGCCCUAAUCGAUGCAGAUCACGACGACCCUUUCAUCGCCGCCGGAAUGAUGGGCCGUGGCAUGGAAAGCAAAGAAGAGCGCUUCCGCCGACGACUCGCAGAGAAGAAACGCGAACGCGACAUCGCAGAGAGGCUUAUUUCCCGUUCGGGGGGUGUUGGCGCUGAAUAUCUCCGAUCACGAGAUAACAACAACGUCCAAUCACCCCAUCCCGAGCAGGCAAAGAACAACUUAGAUGAAUUUUCCACCACCAAUCUGGGCAUCUCAAACUUCAGAAAGGCAGACAGUGUGAAGCUGAGCCCUCUGAAACGCGCCCAUGACGGCGACAGACCCCACGGCAGCGGUGUCAAGAAGACCCGGUUCAUAACUUCCCAUGGCAUCAAGGAAGCCGGAAGAGACAGUCUUGGAGGAAAGCCCGACAUGGUGCCAACGAACAAUGAUGAUGACGACGACGAUGAACUAGACAUCAUCUAA